UUUUCCAAGUAAGCGCGGGGCACAAGACUCGCCUGUCAAAAGCGACUUGCACCGAAACCCUCGCAAGAGUCUUGAAGCCCCCCUGCCCACCUACCGUACUAUCCUCCUGCGGCACCGCAACACAAUACAGGUACUACUUUUGGGCAUACUGCACGUAUCCCCUCGCUGAACUCGUUGACCGAGACCUUUCGCGCCAAGGGCAGUUGAACUCAAGCAGCUUUUUCCGUCGUGCGCACGAGCAGCUCUUCCAAGCUAUAAAAGCUCUCAGGGUCAGGGCAGCUACCUGCAUAACAUCGCCAGCGGGCGACCUUGGAUCCGGCGAGCUCGGUUCGCCACUAACAAGGUUCAGACAUCAGACAUGGUCCUUGCCAGCGGCCUCGCGCGGGCACCUGCGCCCAUGCCUGCGGCCCUGAGCCAUCGGCGUCUCCUGAUUCCUGCCACUGGCGCCGCGGCGGCUGCCGGAGCGUUGCGCAACGGGCUCACGGCCUGCCGCUCGCGCGCCCCGCGGCUGCCAUGGCCAUCAACUGGUGGCGCCGGUGCCGGGCCUGUUCGCAAGAACCUCCGCAACAUCACCGUUCGCGCCCAGGCCGCUGCAGCUGCUGACAACGGCGACAGUGGCAGCGGUGGCGGCAGCACGGGCAAGCCGCUGCCGGCGCCGCUGGCCAAGCUCGCGGCGCUGUUCCGGCCGCUGAGUGACGAGCGCUGCAACUCCAAGCUCCUGGCCCUGGCUGUGGGCCAGAUGCUGUGCUCCAUUGCCACCCUGAUCCACGACUCCUACCUGCCGCUGUACGUGCAUGAGGAGCUGGGGAUCGGCGCGGUGCAGGGCGCAGCGCAGUUCCUGUGCCAGCUCAGCAAGGGCGUCAGCGGCGUGGUGGGCGACAUACUGGGCAGCCAGACGCGCGUGCUUGUGUUUGGCACGCUGCUGACGUUUGCGUGCAAGCCCAUGUUUGCGCUGCUGAGCUCCGUGUACGGCGUGUUCGGCGUCACAGCCUGCCUGUACUGGUUCUUCGUCGCCAAGCUGCUGGACCGGCUGAGCAAGGGCAUUCGUGAGGCGCCCACCAAGGCCGUCAUGAACGAGCUGGCUAAGGAGAGCGGUGACGCGCCGGAUGCAGCGUACGGCCUGCGCCAGUCGCUGGCCACCGCCGGCAUGCUGAUCGGCUCCACGGUGGCCGCGGUCACCUUCGCCGCCACCGGCUCCAACUACAUCCUCACCUUCGCGGUGGCCGCCGUGCCGCCCGGCCUGGCGCUGGCCUGGCUAGUCACGAACUUCCGUGAAGAGCUGUUCGGGCCGCCCCACAGCCCGCCCCUGCCGCCGCCCGUCCAGUCCUCCACCAUCGGAUCCAUCUCCAUCGACCUGCCGCCCGCCUCCGCCGCCCCAUCCGCAAUGGGAUCCAUGGAUUCGGCGGCCGCCGGCGCCGCUGCCGCCGCCGCCGCCGGCGGCGGCGGCUUCACGCCCGGCGCGGCGCCGCCCAGCCUGAUUCAGGCGGCCGAGGCGGCGGCGGCGGCGGCGGAGCCGAAGCUGAGCUGGUGGGAGAAGGGCGUGGCGAUUGUGAAGAGCUUCCAGCCCGCGUACUGGCAGGCCCUGGCGGUGGUUGCUGUGCUGUACUUCGCGCGCUUCGACGCGUCCUUCCUGUCACUGCGGGCCAAAGCGGUGAUGCCCAAGAGUCUGCUGCCCAUGCUCACCCUGGUCAACAUGCUGGCGCAGACCAUCCUGACCGCCCCGCUGGCCCGCAUCAGCGGCGCCUCCGUGUCCAACCGCAACCGCCUGUUGCUGGCGGGAUUCGCCUGCAUGGUGGCGGCGGAUCUGCUGUUCGCGCUGCCAGCCACGGCCAGCCCCGCGGGCAUGUUCGGCGGCGCCGCCUUCAUCGGUCUGCACAUGGCCAUGACGCACGCCAUCACUAUCUCCAUGAUCUCCUCCUACAUGCCCACCGGCGUCAUCCCGGGUGUGGGCCGGCUGUCCGGCACAGCCGUGUCCUUCACUGACCUGCUGCUGGGCUUCGUGCUGGCCGCCAGCAACGCGGUGGCCGGCAUCCUGGCGGACCUCACGCGGGCGGCGGGCUACGGCAACGUGGGCUGCUUCCUGGGCGGCGCGGCGGCCUGUGUGCUGUCGGGUCUGCUGCUGCUGGCGUUCGAGCGCUGGGGCGACCUAGGCAAGCCAGAGCUGGUGGUGGCGCGGACCCGCAAGGCCAAGGCGGCCUGAGGCGGGGACACGGCCUAGGGCGGGGACCCGGAAGGCCAAGGCGGCCUGAGGCGGUUGCACGUUACAUGGCCGCCUCAAUACGGCUGGGCGCGCUGCUGGUGGUGAGGAAGGGUGUGCGCGGCAGCAGCGGCGGCGGGGCAGCGGCAGCAGCAGCAGCAGCGGCGGCGGGGCAGCGGCGAAGCCAUUGGCUGGGGGCGGCACCCCCCAGAUAGGUGCAUGGAUGGCACUGGCGACGAAGAAGCAACGGGCGGUGUUGAAAGCGGGGGGUGGGCUGGGGAAGAUUUUCAGCAGGUAGUGCCGCGGCGGCAUGCGCGUGUGGGUUUGCAUGUGUGUGUUUUGUGUUUGCAUGUGUGCUUGUUCUGGAAGACACAGAUAACACGGCUUGCCAGCGGCAGGCCCGUCAGGCGCCGUGGGCGGCCUGGGACUGGAAUUGGGUGCAGGAGAUGUUCAGGGCGGGGGCGUGUGGAUGGGGUGGGCGCAGUGCAAUUUGCCGGCGGCAUUGCACACUUCCACCAACCCUCCAAGGUCGUAUGUGCAACAUUGAGGUAGUCAUGCUCGUUGAAGGUGAGGGCUGUCUGGGUGUGUUGGGUGAGCAGCGUACCGCUACCAUAAAUGUCUACAGUAUUGUGACUGCUUUCGGAGCUCGUUGAAUUGCAGUUGGCUGAGUGGCCUGGUGCCUGAAUACGCGCGGCCCGUACUCUGGCAUAGAGCGACCUGCCUUGCGUGCCGACUGCAGUGGGGAUCUAGGGGAAGCCCCUGCUGGCGUGGACGGGUUGACGCUUCAAACGCCAACAAAUCAUAGUCUCCGGGCACUAACCCUGGUCGACCCCCCACCUCCCCCAUGAUGUUUCGGGUCGCCAAUGAUUGCAUGUAAGGUUUGCGCGGG